AUUUAUAAAACUGUGCGUGGGAUCGUUACUAAAAAUGUGCGUACGCCCAGAAGCCAAGUUUUGCGUGCGCCAAAAAAUAUUCAGAUUUAUAAAACACUGCGUACGCACACCUGUACGCAAUCUUUGCUUUAUAAAUCACAUACUGACUAUAAUUGUGCGCAGCUGAAUCAGCUUCACGUUCCGCCCUCUACACGCCCCUUUUUAACCAUAAAUGGUCAAUGCAAAUGACCUCAUGAAUGCGAUCUGCAUAUAAAACAGACUCGGAUGCCGGUAUUAUGUCUUGUUGGAAACAAUGGCAGAAGUACUGAGAAAAUCAAAAAAGCGAUAUUUCACGGAGGUUGAAGUGGAGACACUUGUGGGUGAGAUGGAGGCCCGAAAGGUAGUUUUGUUCGGCGGUCACGGGAUUGGAAUCGCCAACAACAAAAAGCAGAGGCUGGUUUGCUGGCAGAACCCUGGCUGUCUCUCAAGUCGAGUUCUAUUCACUGACCAAACAAAGAUCGAGGAUCUGGUGGAGGUGAUGGAGGCAACACCAGAUUUGGAUGUGGUUGGCGGUUCAGUGGAUGGAAACCAGUUCUACUCCUCCAUCUCCUACGAGGAAGGCGAUGGAGUCACUGGAGGCUGUUUGGACAAGAAGACCGAUCGCCAUUUCCACUCAUUGCCUAAUUACCCACAUUGCUACCUCGUCAGGGGGGUUGUCAACUUCUUCCUUGCUCAUACCGAUUCGGUGAAAAGGGUUUGAUUUGACCCCAAGCUGAAGAGAGUGGGACAUACAUAGUAUAUGCAGUAUAUGUCCUUCACACCGCUUUGCAAAGGCUUAGUGCUACCUUUUUUCUGAAGCUCCCAAAAUGUAUGGAUUGCCAUUUUGAAGACUUUGUUUGUGCCUAUAACAGACACAGCGAUAAUUUGAUAAUUUAUCAAUGGAAUCCAGCUUUACGGUACAGCCGCCGUCGGCUCUUCGGCCCAUCCUUAACAUUCCAUCUUUGUUAUGUCUAUUCAUGUUUGAUUGUAUUCUAUUCUAUGUCUAUAUAAUUCUUCAUAGAAGGACUUGGCCAAUUGAUGGUUGCAUGUAGCCAUGUUUCCAUUGGACAUCAGAUGAGUGUAUAACCCCAAGUACCAAAAAAUCUGAUCCCCCACACAUGAGGAUGAGGAGGCAAAGAGCCGGCUGCACCACUACAAAAAUGCAAAUGCAUCAGCUUGGAAUAAGAAAACAAAGAAAAGUUUACAUGGGGCAGACGCCGAUAGAUCCAUCAGAAGAGAAAGUCCACAUUUGGGAUCGGGUCAACUUAUGGCCAUGAAUUAUCGCUCAAGCAAAUAAUACUGACCAGCUCCAUCGGUUCUGCAGAAUUCCUCCUCAUCUUUGAAAACAUCUGAAGACCCAACUCUUCCCAGAAUCUCACCAAUUGAUUUUGGAACGAAGAUAUACUAUCUCUAAAG